AAAACGGCCAGCUUAAAGCGUUAGUUCAUUCGAGACAUCACUCAGAUUUCAUUCAGACCCAUUUUGAUUCAUCUAAGAUGCCUAAAUCUUUUUUGGUUAAGAAGCGGGUGGAGGUGCCUGCUACUCAGGAAUCAGAGAAUCUCCCAGAUGCUGAAUUAAUACGGGAGCACGGUAAGGACCCGAUAUCGCUGCUCUUUUAAAGACAGAUUUCUAUUCUUUAUUUCAAUGAUAUUAUUUUCUGAUUUUGAAUUAGUCUCGGCCGAGGAAUCAGGAUUAAGAUUUAUUUCGUUUAAGUCCUAAUGGUGGGAGUUUUGCUUUAAGUUCACUUUUCAAAAAGCUGGAUUAACAGAAACGUGAGAUUCUAAUAAAUCGAUUCUGAAAUCAGAUUGAUCAAAUGGCGUGCGGUUUUCCAGAAGAUUGAAGAUUCUAUGCAAAAGCACAGCGCUAACUGAAUAAACUCUGAACUCAGCCAGAUUUUUCCGUUUCAAAAAGACCGAUUUGAAUUAAUCUGGAGUUAAGAUAGUUUAAAUACGCACAAGUUAAAAUGUUGUCAUUUUGAUUCGGUUUUCUAGAGGAAAGUGACGAAAACCAAAUGGCCCGCGGAAAAGACCAAGAGGCAAAGGGAUCUAAAGCUACAUCAAACCGUCCGUUUGACAUCGAAAACCUAUGUGCACCCGACAGAGUUCCCAAAAAGCAAAAACCUGUCUUACAUUGGAGACCAAUGGAUCACUCGAGGCCCCCUUUCACUUUUGUGGAAUCGGCUACGCUUCCUUUACAUGGUAAUUUUACUGUUAGUCUCGUUGUACUUUUAUGAUAUUGAACAAACGCAAUGUUAAAAGAAAACGAUUUUAUUUUUCGCACGUUGUGAUUACUGAUAUGCGCGCUUUAAUCAGACUAAAAAUGUUUGUGUCACAUUAGUAGUUUUUGUUGAAAAUUCGGAAUACUUUGUGGUUUGCGAAAGAAGAAAUUUCCGUGAAAAAGACGAUUUGAGCGCGCAGGGAGAUGGGGCUUAGAAAAGUUUCUUCGGCGAAGAAAUUUAUAAAUGCGAGUCUCUUCUUAUUGCGGGUAUGGUCUUAAUUUUCAGUUUGGAAAUCAGAACCUGCGAAUCUUAGUAUUAAGGCUGACAGGAAAUGAUUUGGGGAGCCUAUAGAGUGCGCGUGUAAAUAGCGCGUAUUUUCACGGCUUGGUGGAAGAAAAGAUUUAAAAUCUGCAAACAAACAACUGUAAACGGCGCAAACUUGUGAGCCGAGCAUUUUAUGAGAUUACCAAUCGCGUGUAAGAUGAACUUUAUUUAGGUUGGUCCUCAGUCUAGAUAUGACAGUGACAAGCAAAUAAAGAGUAAUUACCUGAAGAAAUCCCUAACAAUACCUCAAAGCCUGUAUGUUUAACUCGCUGGAGUUUAAUUGUUCAAAUAUUGUGUAUAUUUGAACCUCUGUUGGGUUUAUUAAAAAUGACAAACCAAGCCGAGCACCACCUCCUGAAUUGUCUUUUUAAAUUAAAUUGAAGAAGAGAGUUUCUGCUUUCUAUCAACGGAAAGAAACCUGUGAAAUUACCAAUGGAAGAGGAAACAGAUUGGUUUGAGUAGUUGCUUUAUUUUUCCGUUCAGAUUAAUCGACACAUGAGCUUAAUUAUGCCUCUUAUUUCGAGGAAAUGUGGUACAAAGCCAUUUCUUUUACACUACUUUUCGGGUAUUGUUACAAUUUGAUGGUUUUUUUCUUCUUCAAUCAGAGCUGAAAACACCAUCUUUGAUCACAAAAUGAAGCGGUAACUACAAAGGGAUUUAAUUUAAGGGAAUCAUCACUCGUCUCUCCUGAAUUGGGCAAGAUUCACGUAGAAAGGAAAAAACAAAGACGUUUUCUAAACGAAUUUAGCAUUCGGAUUUAUAACGCAAACAGUUUAUAAAUGCAAAGGAGUGAAAACUCAUUAACGGCGCAACUUUCCGGUUCUUUUAAGAUUUUAAACAUUUAUGAAAAUUAAUCUUCCAAUACUUGAGUAGCUCUUAUGAAAGCAUCUUUUCGAACUUUUAUUUGCUCUAACCUGGUUGCAAAUCACUCGCGCUCUUAGAAAAUGUUUUUCCGUCUCCAUACAGAACACUUAUCUUAAGGGCUAUCCAUCACGUUUGAACGCCAUAAGGCUAACAGAUUAUAUUUUUUCUUAUCUCUCAGAUGGCAGACCUUAUAUUCCACCCUUUGCUGCCCAGUUCAUGCCCGAUGGGUUCAACCAGUUUCUUAUACACCCUUAUCUACGCUUCCCACCCCAACCAUUCCUUACGGAGCGAAGUCUAUCUUUUCCUUUCUGGCAGCAGUCUCCAUUCUUUGGAAACCCACUUGUGCGCAUGACGGAUGGGGAGAAGGCGUUAAAAACCACCACGCGCCCAGCACCUCAACCGGAUACGCACGAAAAGAAGAAAUCGGAACAAGCAUACAAUGGUCAAACGUUUGAUUGUCUGAACUGUAAAAAGGUGUUUAGUACACCACACGGUUUGGAAGUGCACGUACGACGCUCGCACUCUGGAAGGCGCCCGUUUGCUUGCGACAUCUGUGGUAAAACAUUCGGCCACAUAGUGAGCCUGGAACAACAUAAGAACAUUCACACCAACGAGAGAACGUUUGAGUGCAAAGAGUGCAACAAAACGUUCAAACGCUCGUCCACGCUUUCAACACACAUGCUUAUUCAUUCGGAUACAAGGCCCUUCCCAUGUGACUACUGUGGAAAGAGAUUUCAUCAAAAAUCGGACAUGAAAAAGCACACGUAUAUUCACACAGGAGAAAAACCUCACAAGUGUCUGCAAUGUGGCAAGGCUUUUAGCCAAUCGUCAAACCUCAUCACACACAGCCGGAAACACUCCGGUUUCAAACCGUUUUCUUGUCAAGUGUGCGAUCGUGCAUUCUAUCGAAAAGUUGAUCUUCGACGGCACGCGUACACGCAUGAAAUGGAACAGUUGUCGAUUAAGGAUGCUUAGAAAAUAAAACAAACUAAACACUUUUUUUACGAGUUUUUAGCAACUGUGAAUUUUUAUGCUUGUAAAUUUCGUAUAUCCGGAAUUAAAAUAUCUCAUUCAAGUAUAAAUAA